AUGGAACAUCAAGAUACUCCUCAGAUCAUAACUCAUAUAGAACAUAAUCUUAAUCACUCAAUUUUUGACUGUAAGUGGAUUCCUUGUUCAGCCAAAUUUGUUGUAAUCGGAUGUCUGCCCAAUGGAAGCGGAACUAUAGAAAUAUUUGAAAUAACAUCCGGUGAAGUGAAUAAGAUCAAAGAUAUAGAGCGUCCUAAUUCAUACAAAUGUGGAACAUUUGGAGCUAGUAGUGACAUUGAGAGGAGACUUGCUACAGGCGAUUUUAAAGGAACUUUGGAAAUAUGGGACUUGGAAAAAACUUGCCAAGUUUAUAUAACUAAAGAGCAUUCAGAUAUUAUUAAUUCCAUUGAUGGUAUGGGUGGCAAUACUAUGAAUUGUGGUGCACCAGAAAUAGUCACUGGAAGUCGAGAUGGUACAGUAAAAGUCUGGGAUCCUCGCCAAAGGGGAAAACCAGUUGCAAACAUGCAGCCAAUGAAAGGAGAAACUAAGAGAGACUGUUGGGCUGUAGCUUUUGGUAACUCCUUCAAUGAUGCUGAAAGAAUUGUAGUAGCUGGCUAUGAUAAUGGUGAUCUUAAAAUGUUUGACCUCCGAACCAUGUCUUUAAGAUGGGAAUGCAACUUGAGGAAUGGGGUUUGUUAUGUGGAAUUUGAUAGAAAAGACAUACCUAUGAAUAAAUUAGUUGCAACUACACUAGAGGGCAAGUUUCAUGUGUUUGAUUUAAGAACUCAGAAUCCUACAAAAGGAUUUGCACAGGUACUUGAUAACUCAACAAAGAGUGGUACAGUGUGGGUAUCACGACAUUUGCCACAAAAUCGCGAUAUAUUUGUAACUUGUGCAGGAAAUGGACAAGCAUCUCUAUGGAAAUACGAGUACCCAGAGCAGCGUUUCCAUGUGGAUGGUGAAGGGGUGGCUGUAGGGGUUCCUGGCAAAUUAAAGCAACUCCAACGGAUGGUCAUCAGUUCUCAGCCAAUAAAUGCACUGGACUGGAAUAGGGAUCACCUAGGGUUAGCUGUUGCAACAGCUUAUGAUCAAUAUGUGAGGGUUUUAGUUACCACCAAAUUGAAUUUGCAUUAA